AUGGCUCAGAAUGAUGGAUCCAGAGUGAAACCAGGGAAGAUAUACCUCGAAGCCCGGGUCAAGAGCGAUAUUGAUUUGGAAGUUGACGAAUCCGAGGUGAUGCGACAGGAUCUCGAACGCCUGCUAUCUAUACCAGACCGAACCUUUGAUCUGGGAGAGGAUAUCUUGGCGAACAAGUAUCGUGCCUCUCUUCUUCUGGGCGAAUUCUACGAGGAAGCAGCAAUAGCUUUGUUGUCCCUGAAGGUAGUCGAGUAUAAUGGACCAAAUCUCGACACUACAUGUCAUUCCUCAAAUGAUGUUACAGUCAAGGUGCACGUCUACAAAUUAUACAAGACCGGGGAGGAAAGGGAGGCUCUCCAGCAAUCAGAGAUCACGUCGAUGCCACACAUGAGUUUCGCUGAGCAGUGGGACGAACUUGUGUUCGAAGAAAACCUAAAGGGUGAGCUCAUCCGGCUUGUGACAAACAUGAUCCGGUUCUCCAGAAAGCCCGGCGCAAAACGGCCAGUGUUUAAUCCGUUGAUUUUAAUGCAUGGUCCACCUGGAACCGGAAAGACAACUUUGUGCCAAGGACUGGCCCAAAAAAUAUCAAUUCGACUCAACUCAAUUUAUAAACACACGAAACUGAUCCAAAUCAAGACCGCGACGCUCCUCUCGAAGUUCUACAGUCAAAGCGCGAAGCAGGUUGAUGAGAUCUUUACUGCAAUCGAGAAGAUGUGCGAAGAGGAUUCUGAACAACUGAUCUGUGUUCUCAUUGACGAAGUUGAGAGUAUCGCUAACUCACGGGAGUCGACCAUGCAUGGCGAGGCUCAAGAUUCUCUGCGAGCAACCAACGCUCUUCUCACCGGUCUUGAUAGAGCUAAGGAACACUCGAACGUUAUCUUUCUCUGCACCUCAAAUAUGCUUAGCUGUUUGGAUGCAGCAUUUCUAGACAGAUGUGGCCUAAAGAUCGCAAUGGAUCCGCCAUUAGCUGCUACACAGUAUGAGAUUCUUCGUGGGAGAAUACAAAAGCUUAUAGACGAAGGCCACAUUGUGUCCAAUACCUCACUCCCUUCGUAUCGAGAUGCAGAACUUGAGUUUAACACUGACUCGGGGCUGCCUGGCAGCAGGCUCCUAGGCAUCAUUAAGCUCAUAAACUCCCUGGAUGCCGGCGCGUCUGAAGGGGAAAUCAGUGGCAGAACCCUGACACAACUUCCAGGAAAGGCAAUCUUGCGUUAUCUGGAUGAAGACGAAUGCGAUUUAGACAUGGCACUCAAUUUCAUAGAAAAGAGCAUUCGGUCUGAGAAACGCCAAGCAAUCCAAAAGGCUGACAGCAUGAAUGAGGACGAUGUUGAUUCUACAGGAAAGGCCCCUGAGCUUGCUGACCCUCGUGGGCAAAAGAGGAAGACCACGAGGGUACUGAGGGAGGACUCCGAGAUCGAUCGUGCUCUAUCAAUGCUAGAAGCUAUAGAGAACUUUGCUGAUGUAAUUUCUCCAGGCUGGCUGAGUCGAAGGAGUGGUGUUUGA